UCCAUCUCUUCAGCCCAUCACAGCUCCAACUCCAUUCAUUCGCUCAUCACAAGACAUACCAGAGGAUCUUGUCGACCUUGCUUCCAUUCUUUAAUCAAAAAACCUCCCCAACUCACAAGAUGCUUGCCUACAACGUCAUUGUUCUCGGCCUUGCCGCCGUCGCCUCGGCACAGACCUUCUCCGGCUUCAGUGACUCGGGCAUCGUCUGCCAGGGCGGAAACACCGCCACCAAGGCCGAGGUCGACAGCGCCAUCGUCGGACCCAAGGGCACCAUCACCCAGGCCAAGGCCUCUGACCUUGGCUACGGCCGAUGCCAGAACCUCAACGUCCCCAUGUACUCUCAACCCGUUGGAGACAAGUUCAUCAUCAACUACGCCUUCGACAAGGCCUCCAACACAUACAACUUUUGCUCGGCGUCCAUUUCGGGAAACUUUUACGGCAAGCAGUGCCAGCCCAUCUAA